CCCUCAGAGAGUUUCGGUCGGUCAGUCGCGUCCUGAGGCGGGCGUGAGGCGGACGGGGCGAUGUCGCUGGGGCCGCGCUGGGCGCCGACGCACGUCCAAGUGACGGUUCUUCAGGCCCGGGGGCUGCGGCCCAAGGCCAAGGGCAGCGGCGGGAGCGAUGCCUACGCCGUCAUGGCGCUGGGCAAGGAGAAGUUCGCCACCUCGGUGUCCGAGCGCUGCCUGGGCUCGCCCGUGUGGCGGGAGGAGGCCACUUUCGAGCUGCCUCCGCCGCCGCGCCGCAGUCUGACCGGGGACGACGGGGGAGGAGGGAAGAGCGGGCCGCCCGCUGUCCUCCAGCUCACCGUCUCUCACCGCGCCCUGCUGGGCCUCGACAAGUUCCUGGGGCGCGCCGAGAUCAGCCUCACCGAGCUGCAGAACGAGGGCGGCCGGCGGAGCACGCGAUGGUAUAAGCUUCACUCCAGACCAGGGAAAAAAGAAAAAGAGAGAGGUGAGAUAGAGGUGGACAUCCAGUUCAUGAGGAGCAACAUGACAGCCAGCAUGUUUGAUCUGUCCAUGAAAGAUAAGCCCAGGACUACGUUUGGCAAGCUGAAAAAUAAACUGAAGGGGAAACGCGACAACGGAUUGCCUGAUACAGCUUCUGCAAUUAUUCCUAGCAUAACUCACUCACCACCUGACAGUGAAGAAGAGUCAACUGAGAAGGAGAAAGAAAAGAAAAAAUCAAAGUUCAAGACACUGUUUUCCAAACCUGGCUUGCAGAAAAGCAACAUCUCCCAGUCUAUGUCUGUGCUGCCAACCCUCCAGCCAGUUUCAGAGAGAGUUAGGCUUAGACCAAGUGACUUUCAGUCACAGUGGGAUGACGAUGACGACGACGACACUUUAACUUCAGUCUCAGAGAAAACCCCUACAAAUAGAGUGGAAGAUAACUUCCUUUAUCCACCUUCUGGAAAAUCUCAUAAGAGAACAGGUAGUGCAGAUUCCAAGCAAUUGAACCAGAUGGCAUCCAGCAGUGCCAAGAAAGAUGGGCAUUCUUUAUUUGGUGGCCUCAAGUCCAAAAAUGACCCAAUUUCCCGUUCCAAUGUGUGUAUCAAUGGCAGUCAUGUUUAUAUGGAAGAGCGUGAACCAAAAAGUGACUCCAUUCUAAAAGAGAACACUCCAUCUUCCCCUUUCCCUUCCCCUCAGACAUCCCGACACAAGCGGCUCUUUUCAUCUGAAGAGAACUUGAAUUCCAUUCCUAGUCAGGACCCUGAAGUGACUGGAAGACUGCCUCUUGACAAAGGACCAUCAGAGUCUUCCUCACUGGAGUCCUUUAAAGCCAUGACUUUGCCAUCAUAUAAACUGCUUAGUGGUGGGGACUUUUUAGAAAGUAUCACUCCAAUGAUUUCAGACACUUCAAAAGAGAUAAAAAAGCAGGAGAACAUGAAGUCUGCCUUGCUUUCCCUUGUCACAGGAAAAAAAGAAGCUGAAAACAGUUCUGAGAUUUCUGUGAAAGUCAAGGAAGUGAAACGUAAUGAGAGAGAAUUGGUGGGAAAAGAAACAAACCCCUUUGAAGUCCCUGUGGAUUGCACAAGAGAUCAAGGUCCAGAUAAGAGAAAAUCUACAGAUGUCCCUGUUGCAAAGGCAUCCCUCAAUCCUUUUACUGAAAACAAUGAAGAGAAGCCAGAGAAAAGUGCAGCUUCUGUGAAACCUUCCCAGGCCAAACCCAUCAAACCCAGACUGGGCGUGUCUUCAGAGGAUGAAACCAAAGCCACUUCUACUGUUUCUGUGCCUCCUACUGUUUCUCCUUUCUCUCUUUCCCAUCACUCUAGUAAUGAUAGUAACCCUUUUACCACUAAACUUGAUCCAGAACGGGAAGCUGAAGACUCUAGUAGUUCUGCUAGUCCUUCAUUGAAACUUUCUUCACAGCGUGGUAGUAACCCUUUCUCUCCUGAAUGGGCACCAAAAUCCAAUGACGACAACCCAGAAUGCUUUACCAGUGCUCCUUUCCACUUGCCUUCUCCAGUUGCCAGCAGUGAAAACAAUCCUUUUGCUUCUAAUUGGAGGCAGGAACCACAGACAGAGAAUUCUGAAGACUUGAAUAAAUCUCCCAUGUAUUUCUCCCAUCCUCCUGCAACUCCUGUUUAUGAAGAGCCUUUUGUUUCUACACUGGAAAAUGAUUCUGAAAGUAUUAAGAGUCCUCCCAUACCUGUUGCCUGUCCUUCUGCCUCUUCUAACCUAGAGUAUAACUCUUCAGCAGAGAGCUUUGCUGAUUCCAAGCUGUUUCCCAUUAUGCCUUCAAAGAAACCUCAGAGUGAAGGUCAAAUGGAUCCUGUAGAGAAUGCACCUGGAUCUCUUUCUGGAAAUCAAUCAGGACGUUUUUAUGAACGAAUUGGGCUGAUGCUAAACACGCAACGAGAUGACAAAGAAGUGCAAGUGGUGACACCACUUAAAGAAAACAGUGGAAGCAUAAAGAAGUCAGUGACCUUUGCUGCGGAUGAACUGAGAAAUAAUGAUAGAGUGAAUAGUGGUGAGGGGCCUUCAGAUGAAGAGUCAACUGAAAGCAGGCCUCAUGGGGAAAAUGAGAAUAUAGUAGAUCCCGCUAGAAGGGCAGGGACAAAACAAUGUGAGUUGAAUAUAGAGGACUGCUCCGUAUCUCUGCCUUAUGAUGGAAAAAUCACUUCUGUUCAUAAAAGCGGGAGCCCCUUAGAAGGAGAGAAUGAAAUCAGUCCCUCAAUUAAAGGAGAGCCACCAGUACCAAUCCCAAGAGUCCUCAGGGUGUCACCUAAAGAAACAGACAUAUCAAGUACAGCACUGAGUAAUAGUUAUUCCUCUGUACCACCACCAAAGCCAACCCCAAGAAGUGUUCUAAAGUUAAAAAAGGAGCCUUUUCCUCUGACCAAACCGGAGCUAGAAGACAUGACAAGUUCCUCAGACUCUUCUCCCCUGUCCAGAGAAACAUCAACAACUGUUCAUUCAGUAGCAACUACAUGUCAUCCUGAAAGAGGUGAACUUUCCGAAAGCAUAAAUAACGAUCACUUUGACACUCCCAUAGGUAAACAUCUAGACAGUUUAGCUGCUGAAGAAUUCCAUCUAAAACCAACUGUCCUUCCAGUUAUUCCUGAAGUAGGAUCUGAUGAUGAACAGCUAAGUGACACCCAAAAAGAUAGUGAAAAGAUGGCAGUGUGUGAAGAUUUGUCAAGCACCAGAGACGGCUCUUCACAGUUACGGUCUUCCAUUGAAGAGAGGGAGCUGGCCUCAGACAAGAAGACUAGUGGUGAGAGACAAACGGUGUCACUACUUGUGAAAAAGACUGGUCCUGAUGAUGAUUUUAAAUCUGACAAGUUGUCAGUCUGUCCUGCAGCAGUAAUACUCAAGAAUGAAAAUCAGAACAUAAGGGGGUCAGAACAGAAGGAUGUUGACAGUUUGAAGGAAAGUAGAAAGAGUGAUUAUUCUGAAUUCUCUGAUAGGUCUCUUUUCUCUCUGUCCACUUCUUCUCAGUCUUACUCUGCUAGUUCUUUCCAGUCUGAUGUUCUCAGCUCUGAUAAAGCAGAAUCUCCGAAAAAAUCUGCAGCGGAGGGCUUGGAUGUCAAAGUGGACAGGUCUGGCAAGAAGAAGCUGCUUCAGGCAUGGGUUUCACCCUCUGAAACACAUUCCAAUCAAACGCAGCAGAGCGGUGGAACUGUGCCUGCUAAGCUCAGACUUCAUCCUGUGAAGCCAAUGAAUGCUACAACAAAUAAGCCAUCUGCAAAAACCUUGGCCAUAACUACAAAGAUUCUGGAUAACCAAAAUGAAACCAAUCUAAAGAAAUAUGACCCUUCAGAUCCUGCUUAUGCUUAUGCUCAGCUUACACAUGAUGAGCUGAUCCAGCUGGUUUUAAAACAGAAAGAUGUGAUAGCAAAGAGAGAUAACCAGGUGCGGGAACUGGAAGACUACAUUGAUAAUUUGCUGGUCAGAGUCAUGGAAGAAACCCCGAAUAUUCUUCGUGUUCAAGCCCAUAUGAACAAAAGAGCUGGAAAGAUGUAAAAUGGCAAUGAAACCUGAAUAAGGAGGGCUUUUCUGUUAUUCAGAUUUCUGAAGUGGGAAUGUGAAAACAUUAACCUUGAAAUUAACUGCCUCUUAUACCAAAGCAAACAAUAUUCCUUUCAAAUUUUAUUUGUAGAGACUGGUUAAUAAUUAUAUAAUCCAAAAUGCAAAUACUAGAGGGGGGAAAAACAUAACACCCUCAUACUAUUUUGUCACUGUAUAUGUUUUGCUGCUGCAUUGGGGUUAACAGCCUGAGAUCAUGGAUUGGUGAAGGAAUUAUGAGCCCAUUUUUAUCUGAAUAAUUCUGUAACUGGAGUAUUUUAAAGGGUUCAGUUUAAAAUGGGUGUUUCUGUGUAGCUUUCAGGAGCAUAAACUCGACUUGGACUGUUUAGGUUAUUUUUAGUGCAAUAUAGGGAUCAUAUGCUGAUUACAUUGAAGAGAUUGAACAAGUUAAAAAGAAGCAUUGUAUUAGCACCAAGUGCCUUAUUUUGCUUGAGUUGCUUGAACAUGAGCACUUCCAUCAAAACCUGGAUGCAGUUUUACUUCUAGCAGUGAGCACGGAGCAUUUGGAAUAUCUGUUGAAUUGAAGAAUUGUUAAAAACACAGCUAUGCUGUUCUUUCCUCAUUCUUACUUUGGGAGGCGGAGGGUCUUUGUGCUGUACAAGACUGCCCUUGGUUCUGCAAAGCUGUUGCUUUUCUCCAAAAGUAAAAUGCAACUUUGCUGUUUUCAAGCAGAUCUCACUCAACUGCCUUAAUCAUAAAGUAGCAUUUAGAAGAACAGGUGAGAAUUUUAAAUAUUUAGGUGCCCCUUGCAUACUUGGUAUGAACAUGAAGAUUCUUUCACUCCAUCUAAAUUAGACUCCUAUCAUAGUAAUGAUAAAAUACAGUUGUCUGUUUAUAUUGCAUCGUUCAGUGGAUCACAUGCAUAACCUGGUUUUUUAAGUGACAAGAAUAGCCACAAGUGAAAUGUGGGAUAGAAGUAUUUCAAUAAGUAAAUGAGUUGGCUGAAUUAUUUCUGGAUUGUGCCCUGAAUUGAUGUUACUGGUUUAAUUUCAGUAAAUUAUAUUUUCAGUCUUAUGGAGAAAAUUUCAGCACUGUUGUCUGCUUACUGUGGACCAGGCAUUUCUUUGUUAUAUGGACUAAAUUGUGAAGGAUCAAUUUAGUAUAUCUCAUAGUAGAACAUUCAACAUUAUCAUGUUUCCUGGCUGAAAUUUAUUUCCAUAUGCAGUAAUAUAGAAAACUUAAGUUUGAUUGUUCAGUACAGAUACUAUAAAAGGUGGUAUGACUUUGACAAAUUUAUAGCUCAUCUACAUGUAAGUCAGUUGCUUUUGGAGUUGAAGCUGAAGUCAGAUAUACUUUAUUUUCAGGAAAGUGAUUACAAUCUUAACUUUUCCUGGCGCUAUUCCAAGUGUCUGUAAAGGCUUUUGAUCCAUUUUAACCCAUAUUCAUGUGGAGAACUACUUUAUCAUUGCUGUACAUUCCUGCACUUUUAAAGAGGGCUGCAGUUGGCACUGAAUAGCUCUUGAGACCUCACAUUCCAGUUUAGUUCUAAAACUCGAUUAUAAACUGGUCAGCUAAAAUUAAGGAUCUUACCCUUACUGAAUGGUACUGUUAUUCCCCUUCUUUAGUGAUAGAUGAUACUGCACUUAGAGCAACCAACAUACAGCUACAAUAUUCAUUGUUUAAGAAUGAAUAUUCAUGUGAUUUGCAUUUCAUAUGGCUUGCACUGUUUUUGUUACGGUAGCCUAUCUAUGCAUUUUAGGGGUUUGGUAUAAAACACAGCUUGUUUUGAACAUAUGAUUCCAAGUGUGAGAUUACGUUCUGGUCUUUCCAUAACUGGUGUUUGAUACCUGUGGAAUAGACUGGUUUAUCUUUUUGCAUAUUGCUAAUUCUCUUGCUGGAAUUCACUGGCUUUAUGGCGGAGAGAAAGCAUGUGCAGUGAUUAUGAACACUGAAGGGAGAGGAGCUGUUGUGUCUGUCACACCUAAGUGAUCAUGGUCUUCCCACAUGCCUCUGGCUCCAUGAUAAUGGGAAAGUUUUUAGUGCAAAGGCACAUCUGGUAUGCUACACACCUUAAGGUGCUUGGGCCUCUAUGUGAAAUAACCCUAACUUGAUUAAGUAGAUCAAAUGACUUCUCCCCUCUAGCUUUUUAAUCUUUUUAAGUGAUUCGCUGUUUCCUUUGUAGUGCCAGCAGGAGCUGAGGCACCAUACUGCAUGUCUGUUGCUUUUGGCAAGAAAUAUUUUAUGAAGAGGUUUAUAUUGAAAAACAAUGUCUGGUGGGCUGUGUUUCUGUAAUACUGCCCAUUUACUUAAUCACACAUUCACUAGUUAAGUCUCUUGCAACAAAUGGGAGUCACCUCUUAAAUGCAACUGAGGCUGUUGAAUGUACUUGCUAUUUUAGUAAAGUUUGUGCCAGAGAUUGCCAGUUGAUUGUGGAAACCACAUGCAGGGAAAGUAUUACCACAGGGUCAGAACAGCAGACUUCUUCAUUUAAAGACUGAUCGGUUAUAUAGUUCCCAUGAGUUUUGAUCAAUAGGCAAUGAAAAAGGUUCCUUACAAUCUCUGCCUUAAUAAGUUCCUAUAACUUGUGAUUCUGAAGACAAUAAGGGCAUAAGUUUGCUUGUGUGUUUAAAAAAGUAUACUCUGUCUUAAUGAGCAAUACAAAUACAGCUUCCCUAUCCUGGUUCCUCAGUGCUUGUCAUUGAAGGAUCUGAAUGUAUGUUAUUUAUUUCCUGCCUUGUUAUUCUUGGUACUUAAGAGUUCUUUGGUUUUUAUACAAAGACCUUCAUCCUCAUGGACUGUUAAAAUAAAGAUAUUUUAAAUUUG